CUAUCUUCGUCCCUCCCCUCUUUUACGCGUGAACCCUUACUCAUGACUUUCCUUGUUACUGGUUCCCCACCUGCAACCUUUGUGCAUCUUUCGAUUCACCAUAACAAAGCUCCGAUUUGUCGUUAGAAAAGUUUGGAUCCCUCAAGGCUAGGUUAAAAUUGAUUCACAGCGAGGCAUCGUGCGUGCUUACUCGUGUAUGAUUUUCAAUACCACCGACUGGCAGCUUGAUCCAUCUCUUUCAAUGCGUUUCAGUUCCUUUGGAUGGUACAGAUCCUGCCUUCAUCGCACCGCCCAGGGAUUUCUUAGUCUGCAGUGCAGUCACAUGGUUGGGCUUGAGGAUCUUUUCACAUGAUGCACAUUUCACAAGGUUAUGGCAGUAGCUAUGAAUCUUUGGAGGGGCACUACAAAGACGUCCCGUGCGAAGCUCCCAGCUCCACGGUUGAAGCUUUCGUUCUUAAUUCUUUGCAUUUGCGCGUCAUUGGUGCCCGUCAUUUACGUUCAGUACCACAAGAUUUCCUAUUUUUUGCGACCACUUUGGGAUACUCCUCCGAAGCCCUUCCAUGUUAUUCCCCACUAUUACGCGGAAGGCCUCUCCACACCCGAACUAUGUAAGAUCCAUGGCUGGACUCCGCGGGAGACACCACUCCGCGUGUUCGAUGCCGUCAUUUUCAGCAACGAGGUUGACUUGCUUGAAAUUAGAAUGCGAGAGCUCAUGCCCAUAGUAACCAAGUUUCUCGUCUUAGAAUCUAACGCAACUUUCACGGGCCAGCGAAAAUCCCUCAUCUUCAAACAGCAUAAGGAGACCCGAUUCAAGUUCAUCCACAGCCAGCUCCUCCACUUCUUCCUCCCCAGCCGCCCUUUCAUACCCAACGAAGAUCCCUUCAUCAAUGAGUGCUAUCAAAGAGACGCUAUGAUUGGCGCCCUAAUCCUCGCAGGCAUAGAGGACGGCGACCUUCUCAUCACCGCUGACGUCGACGAGAUCCCCUCUGCUCACACAAUUAAUCUUCUCCAAAACUGCGACGGGUACCCUCCUAUCAUGCACCUCCAGCUACGAAACUAUCUCUACUCAUUUGAGUUUCUGGUUGAUAAUAACUCCUGGCGAUCAAAUGUGGAAAUUUUUUAUAAGAAUUCCACGAAGUAUGAGCACAUUCGGAAGACGGACUAUCUCCUGGCAGAUGCGGGCUGGCACUGCAGUUUCUGCUUCCGACAUAUCCGAGACUUUGUCUUCAAAAUGCAAGCUUACUCGCAUGCUGACCGUGUGAGAUAUGCUUCUUUCCUGGAUCCUAAGCGGAUUCAGAACCUUAUAUGUAAGGGGAGUGACCUUUUUGAUAUGCUUCCGGAGGAAUAUACAUUCCAGGAGCUCAUUAGCAAGAUGGGCUCAAUUGCGCGUUCAUUUUCUGGAGUACACUUGCCAAAGUAUUUGUUAGAAAAUAUAGAGGCCUACAAGUACCUGUUGCCCGGAAAUUGCAGACGUGAGCCAGACCCUGUCCGCUCCUUCAGCUAUGGGGGUUUGCAGUGAGCGCUGUGCAUGGAGUUGGUAGAGGGUUUAAGGUUCAUCUACAGAACAGGUUCACCUGUAGGGUUUUCGGCUACCAAUUUCGUAAACACAAAUACAUGUUUUAGAGUUUCGUGAUGGUUUCCAGAGACUUCCACGGAACGCUCCAUCUCCCUCUCUUGGAGAAUUGUAACAUAGUGGAUCCGAGAUGCAGAGUCUACAGCUGUUAGCUUACGAGUGAAUCCAAUUUGAGGAGCUAGAGAAGAAUGAACAUAACCAGGUGCAACUUAAGACCUGCCAACUACUCGAACUGUCAGUCAAACAGUGGUCGUUCACGUGGACAAUUCUUAAUGCUUUGAUGUAUCACACAACCAACACUACACUACUUGAGGUAAUCUUUGAACUUGAGUUUGGCAUUAUUAUC